AUGGACGAGAAUGGUAACUCAAAUAAUGCAACCAAGAACAAGAGGAAACUGCCUCUCUCAGUUUUCUUCAAAGAUGCAAGACAUGUUUUCAAGAUGGAUUCCCUUGCUAAGGAGAUACUUGGGAUUGCAUUCCCAUCUGCACUGGCUGUUGCUGCUGAUCCCAUUGCUUCUCUUAUAGACACUGCAUUCAUCGGCCACUUGGGGCCGGUGGAACUUGCUGCUGCAGGAGUUUCCAUUGCUUUGUUCAACCAAGCUUCAAGGAUUACCAUCUUCCCUCUGGUUAGCAUCACAACUUCAUUCGUGGCAGAGGAAAAUACUAUUGAAAAAAUCAGUACCACAGCAGCAGAAAAGCAGUUCACUGAGAACAUUAAGGCCAAGUCUAAUGAAGUCAUUCCCGAUGAUCAUUUGCUUCAAGACAUAGAAAAGGGUGCAUGCAAAGAGAACAAUGAGGAUUCAACAGAAUCUUCUGCUGCAAGAGGUGAUACACCAAACGAGCUUGUACCAAAAAGUUCUGUACCUGAGAAUGUGGAAGUGGAUGGUACUUUGAAAACUGAGGCAAAUAAUGGAGACGAUUGCAACACAAAUAUAGGCAAGUCAGGCUCAAUUACUAAUAGUAGCAAUAAGAGUAUAUCAAAAGCUGGAAGUAAAAGAAGACACAUUGCUUCAGCAUCAACAGCACUACUUUUUGGCUCAGUGCUUGGCCUCCUUCAAGCUGCAACACUUAUAUUUGCAGCCAAACCUCUAUUAGGUGCAAUGGGUCUGAAACCUGAUUCUCCUAUGCUAGUCCCAGCAGUAAAAUACUUGAGAUUGAGAUCCUUAGGUGCUCCUGCUGUGCUUCUCUCAUUGGCCAUGCAAGGAAUCUUUAGAGGGUUCAAGGACACAACAACUCCUUUAUAUGUCAUUGUUUCGGGGUAUGCAUUGAAUGUUGCUUUGGAUCCAAUACUUAUCUUCUACUGCAAAUUGGGCAUCAAAGGUGCAGCCAUUUCACAUGUGCUAUCUCAGUACAUGAUGGCAUUAGCCCUCUUGUUGAUUUUAAUGAGAAAAGUUGAGCUCCUACCUCCAAGUAUUAAGGAUUUGCAGAUUUUCAGGUUUCUUAAAAAUGGAGGUUUGUUGUUGGCCAGAGUAGUAGCAGUAACAUUCUGUCAAACUUUAGCAGCUUCACUGGCAGCAAGGUUUGGCCCAAUUCCAAUGGCUGCAUUCCAAACUUGCCUGCAGGUGUGGCUGACAUCUUCCCUUCUUGCUGAUGGUUUGGCUGUUGCUGUACAGGCAAUUCUAGCUUGUUCCUUUGCUGAGAAAGAUUAUGGAAAGGUGAUUGUGGUUGCAACACGAACACUGCAAAUGAGUUUUAUUUUAGGAGUGGGACUUUCUCUUGCAGUUGGAGUUGGAUUGUACUUUGGAGCUGGAAUCUUUUCCAAAAGUGCUCUUGUUGUGCACUUAAUUAGGAUAGGCCUACCGUUUGUUGCUGCCACACAACCAAUAAACUCAUUAGCGUUUGUCUUUGAUGGUGUCAACUAUGGGGCAUCUGAUUUUGCAUAUGCUGCAUACUCCUUGGUCACAGUGUCGUUGGUAAGCGUUGCUUCAUUGUUCCUUCUCUCUAAGAGCAAAGGUUUCGUUGGGAUCUGGAUUGCACUAACCAUCUAUAUGAGUCUUCGCAUGUUUGCUGGCAUAUGGAGGAUGGGAACAGGAACAGGACCUUGGCGUUUUCUCAGACGUCGCUCAUUCUCUUGA